AUUAGAAAAAAAAAUGGAUCCCUCAAUUUUCUUCAUGUUUACAUUAUCUGUCCAAAUUUAAGAUAAGCUUUCCUAUUUAUAUAUUACACAUAUUUAGAAUGACAUGAUGCAGAUGAUUAUUCUAUAUACGAAACGUCGACAUUAGUAAAGGAAAAAUGUAUAAUGGAAAUAUUGUGUGGUUCAUCAUUUUUUUCAUCACUUUACAAAGUGCACAAUUAUUUUGUGAUAAUUUUAAAAAACCAACUAUUUUAAUUGGAAUUUUGGUACGAAAUAAAGCACACACAUUGCCAUAUUUUCUCAGUUUUCUCGGGAAUCUUGAUUAUCCAAAAAAUAGAAUAUCUCUUUGGAUUCGAAGCGAUAACAAUAUUGACAAUUCGAUUGAAAUUCUGAAAAUCUGGAUAGAAGAGGAAAAGACGAAAUAUCAUUCUGUGGAUUUUUCGUUUCAUGAAGAAGCAAAUGGAUUUGAGGAUGAAAAAGGAAUUACCGAUUGGUCAUCUAGUAGAUUUUCUCACAUUAUCAAAUUACGAGAGGAAGCAGUUAAUUAUGCGCGAAAAGUGUGGGCCGAUUUUAUUUUUAUGUUGGAUGCGGACGUAUUUUUGAUAAAUCCUAAAACAUUGGACAAUUUGGUAGCUAAAAAUUUAACUGUCGCAGCACCACUUUUGAAAUCCGAUGGAAUGUACAGUAAUUUUUGGGCUGGAAUGACACAGGAUUAUUAUUAUAUUAGAACGGAGCAGUAUAAACCGAUUCUUAAGGGCGAAGUUAGUGGAUGUUUUCAAGUUCCUAUGGUGCACAGCGCAGUGUUGAUAGAUUUACGUAAGGAAGCGAGUAAUUACUUGACAUAUUCGUCAAAAAGUAUCGAAAACUAUGAUGGACCUGUCGAUGAUAUUAUAACUUUUGCACUCGUUGCUAAUCGCUCUGGAGUGCCAAUGCAUAUUUGUAACGAUAAAUCAUAUGGAUUCAUUACAGUGCCAUUAGAAAAUAACGAUGGAAUCGAGCACGAUAAGAAGCAACUUUUAAAUAUAAAAUUAGAAAUUCUAGCUUUACAAGAAAAUCUUCCAUUGAGUAAGAGUUUAAAGAAAUUUGUCAGCCAUCCAGAAAAAGAUACCGCUGGCGUAUCGCGAGUUAUUAUGAUUAAUUUACUACGAAGACCGGAAAGAAGAAGGCGAAUGCAAAAUUGUUUUAAGGAAUUAGGAAUUGAUGCAGAAAUAAUGGACGCAGUUGAUGGAAAAACUUUAAAUCGUACAACUUUGGAUUCAAUGGGUAUUAGAUUGAUGUCAAACUAUGCUGAUCCAUAUCACAAAAGAUCUAUGACUAUGGGAGAGAUUGGCUGUUUUUUGAGUCAUUAUUAUAUUUGGAAAAAGGUGAUAGAGAAUAAUUAUGAAAGUGUGAUGGUGCUGGAAGACGACGUUCGAUUCGAACCUUAUUUCAGAAAUAAGGUGAACUUUGUAUUGAAGGAAAUCCAAAGAUUAAAAACAGACUGGGAUCUUGUAUACUUGGGAAGAAAACGAAUGCAGGAACAAGAGGAGCCUUUCGUGGAGGGUUCACAAUUUCUCGUUCAUGCUGGUUACAGUUAUUGGACAUUAGGUUACAUUUUGUCGGCUCAGGGCGCAAGGAAAUUAUUAGCAGCAAAACCCCUCGAAAAUAUGGUUCCUGUAGAUGAGUAUUUACCAAUUCUAUUCGAUAAACACCCGAGGGACAUUUGGAAGGAACAAUAUCCAGAAAGGAAUCUAGUUGCACUUUCUGCGAGUCCUCUUCUUAUUUAUCCGACGCAUUAUACCGGAGAAAAUGGAUAUAUUAGUGACACUGAAGACUCAAAUAUUGUCACUCUAAAAAAAGAAAUUUCCAACGAGUCAAGAAAUCGAGACGAAUUAUAGAUCUGAAAAAAAAUAAGAAGGAGAAAAAGAGAGAGUGAAAGACAAAAAAAAGUGUGACAUUUUUUUUUAACCAGUCAAAAUGAUAAUCAAAAAGGAGUCUAAAGAAUAAGGUGAUCUUAUUGAAAAAAAACUGCCAUUUUCGUGCCAUUUCCAUUAUUUGGAAUUAUCAUUGCCAGUUUCCAUUAUUUCUAAUUCUCCUAAUAUUUUAAUAAAUUUAAUUAAACUUUUUUUUUUACUUCAUAUUUUUUAACCAAUUUACUAAUUUUUUUCUACGAUUUAUACUUUUUUUUUGAAAAUAUUUUCAUAAAUAAUUUUAGAUUAUACUUAAAAAUAUAAUGAAAUAUUUUUUAUUAACUUUUUAUUAGACGCACAAAUAAUGUUUGAAGAGAUUUAAAAAAUAAUUAGAGAGAUAUAUAGAAUUAUAUUUUCUGAUAUAGAGGCUUUACAAUUUUUUAUAAAAUAAAAAAAAACAAAUACUAUAUUUUUCUGUUAAAGAAAAUUUAGAAAAUUUAGAAAAUUUUAUAGACUGAAGAAUGUGUGUAGAGAAAUCAUGAUAUAUUUUAUCAUUUUAGAAAAAAAGUUACGUUAAAAAAUAUAAUAUUUAAAAAUUUUAAUAAAAAAAAAUGUCCCAAAAUUAUGCCAAAAAUCUUUAUAGCGUUAUUUGAAUAUUAAUUCUAAUAAUAUUAUGAAUUGUGCUUCAAUUACUAAUUAUGAUACAUUUGUGAACACUUCAUAUUAUUGUGUAAUUAAUUGCCAAUGGAAGCAUAUCUUGAGAAUUAAUAAAUAAAAAUUUGAACGCAA